UCCUCAAUGUAAUAUAGAUCUUGAAUUGAACUAUAAAUAUACAUCGACUUUCAGUCGAAUAAACACAAGUAAGGUGAUCAUGGAGAAGUUUACUCAAAGAAAUUUCGCAUCUGCUUGGUUUGUGCUGUUUGCCGGCAUAGUAGGGUUUCCAUUAAUGCUGCAGAUGGCGUCGGCACAAAAUCCUUAUACAUGUUGGAUGGGAGGGACUACUCAUGUAGCAACAGCCUACCAUACAGUCUCUGGAUAUGGGACCGAAGCUAAAUGCACUGCUGUCCUACGUGAAUGCGCAGCUUUAUGUAAUAGCCAGGGAAGAAUUGUAACUUGGGACAUUUGCCAAUGGUAUCCUAACACUCAGGAGUACGCAUGCACAGCUUGCUGUGGAUUUGCUGCUAGUCCACCUCCACCGUCACCUCGUCUUCCAUGUUUGCCACCACCUCCAUCUCCACCAUCACCAUCACCACCACCAGCUCCGCCACUUGACCCAAGAGAUAUGUGCGAGCCAGGUCGGAUUUCUGCUUCAUGGAAAGCUGCAAGUUGCUCGUCUUGCACACGUUCUGAUUGUUCAACUAGAUGUGGGGCAGUUGAAUCUGCAUUGUCUGAGUACGGAAAGUAUUGCCGUCAUGAUACUACGUACUGCAUCUGCUGUUGCAGUAAAAGUUCCAUUUCAUCAUCAACAAGGACUCAUAGUCUUGUUUCAACAUUACUCAACGCAGCAUGGUAAAACUAUCACCUGGUCAUUAGGUAGCUUAGAUGCUGCCAAUGUGGGACGUUAUAAUCUGUAUUUCUCAUUCUAUAAAAGCAGACAUGUACUUUUGUUUGUUAGAAUCUGUAUUUCUCAUUCAAUAAAAGCAGACAUGUACUUUCGAUUGUUAUAAUCUGUAUUUUUCAUUGAUGAA